GAAGAUCUACUGGUUUCCAUAUUAACUCGGGGUGUCGUUGAUGUGAGAUAGAAAGUGAUGGUGCAACCGGCUCGCGGACGGUGACGCCGUGUGUCCGCAUCCGCGCAGGGCGCAGCGCGACGCAGGGUCGUUUCUGUUUUUUUCCGCUCCCUUCCUCCACACAGCGGCUCCGACACAGCUCCAUAAUGGAAACCAAACCGGUCAUCACCUGUCUGAAAACGCUUCUGAUCGUUUACUCCUUCGUGUUCUGGAUAACAGGAGCCAUACUGCUUGCAGUAGGAGUAUGGGGGAAGUUGAUGCUGGGCCCGUACAUCUCUCUGAUCGCUGACAACUCUACCAAUGCUCCAUACGUCCUCAUCGGCACCGGGACUGUCAUUAUCGUCUUUGGCCUGUUUGGAUGCUUUGCUACCUGCAGAGGAAGCCCAUGGAUGCUGAAGCUGUACGCCAUGUUCCUGUCACUCAUCUUCCUUGCCGAGUUGGUGGCAGGGAUCUCUGGAUUUGUGUUUCGCCACGAGAUAAAGGGAACCUUUCGCAGGACAUACACUGACGCGGUCCUGAACUACAACGCUGAGGAUGAGGCGAGCCGCGCCGUCGAUAACUUACAGCACAACCUGCGCUGCUGUGGAGUUUACAACUACACCAGCUGGUUUGCCAGUGUGUAUUACCCCUCCAACGGUAUUCCUGCCAGCUGCUGCUUCAACUCCUCUGAUUGCAACCAAGAAGACCUCCGCAAUGCAACCGCAGCUCCGAGCAAGGUCUACCACCAGGGAUGCUUCGAGUUGGUCACAUCCUUUAUGGAAACCAACAUGGCCAUCAUUGCAGGAGUGACGUUUGGAAUCGCCUUCUCACAGCUGAUUGGCAUGUUGCUGGCCUGCUGUCUGUCCCGGAUUAUCACAGCCAAUCAGUACGAGAUGGUCUAGCUGAUGUGGCGUGGCAGGAGAUGGAGAGAAGAAAAGACGAAUUUCCAAGACACCAUCACACAUCUGAAUUGGAACUGACCUUUGAGUGUCUCUCUGCCUGUGAUUUUAAUGUAUUAUCUUAAUGUAACUUACUGUAAAGCACCAUUCCUUGAGUCACUGCAGUUGCAUCAAAGCUUACUAUACCACGCACCACGUCGCUGCUUGAUGUAGAAGUUGCUCAUCAGCUGGUUAUUUCUCAUCAGUGCAGCCUAGAAGAAGCAGGUGGAGCAGAGUUGUCUGAACCCACAGCAGGUCACCUCAGAGGGCCAUCCCUUAACCCUAAAGAUACCUGAACCUGAAAGUUAUCAUUCAAUAGAUCAGGUUUUCUUUUGAAUUCUACUUUGUUACAGCUCAUCUUUGUAUAUCCCUAAAGUGGUUUUUCUCUACUUAAAGCAGAAAUUCUGAGUUUUUUCCUCAGAGGACAACAUCUAGAGGUGGGAAAAUAUACUGCACAUUAAGCCCCUUCCUCUUUUUUUGUAAUUGCAGCAUGAAGCAACGCCUCUCAUUCGUGAAUGCGGACAUCUUGCCAGACAACAGAAAUUUCAUCUAACACUAUCGGCUAAUGCUAAUUGAAUGGGGCUCUAUGGGACAGAUGUAUGUAUUGCCUACAUUAUAUCACAGUACAGGGUACGACGAUCUCUUUUAUGAAUUUCUAAAAUGUCAUACAGAAUUCCUUAAAGGGGGGAAACUUGAGAUUGCUGCUUUAAUUUUGUGUAGAAGGAGACUUUAGGUCAUCAAAGGAGAAAAAAGGGAGAAUUUAUGUAUUUUUUAUAACAUAAAUAAUAUUUUUUGCCCAAAAAUAACAUAUAAAAUUGACAGAGGCAAGGAAACAACUGUGAUUUUGUUGUUGUUGUAAAAGUUCUACUGUGAAAUAACUUCUUGACAACUUUAAAUGUAAUUUUAGUCUCAAAAAGCACUUUUUAAUCAUUUUGACGAUGGGAAAAUGUCCUCAUGAGAGCCCAAAAUUCUUUACAACAUUACGGGGCUUUGCAGUUGAUUGAAAACACAGAAUUAUAGCAUGAAAAUCUAGUGCUGCUUAAACAAUUAUCCCCGCUAAAAUCACAAAUAAAUGAGCUACAGUUAAAAUAUGGAUGAUUUCCUUUCCAGCGCUAUAUUGAUCUUAAAGAGACAAUGUGUAGUUUUUAACCAUUAAUCUAUGGAAAUAUCCAUUGUUAAAAUUAAUUAAAUGAUGCCCAGUUGUUGCAAAAUACUGGCGGCUUUGUAACGUAUAGCAAUAAAAAUUAGGUCUAAAAUACAUGGGGGUGGGUCUAGGGCCCAAUCCUGAUACUAACACUGUGCCCUAAGGUUUCGAGUGUGUCGUGCACAAGUGUACAAAUAAUUGCCUGAUUGGCACAGGGAGCAUUGCAUCAUCGAUCGCAACGCAUGCCGGGAUGCUGGUCGCUGUGAUUCUUUAAAGAAAAAAAACUUUAUUAACAACUUUCAAACAAACAACUAAACAAUUGUUUGGAGUAAAUUUACUUUCAUUGCUGCUUUGUCUAAAACUUUAAGAGCAUCAGCUAAUCAUCCUAAAAUGAACUACUUUCAUUUGAAAAUACAUACUUUCAGAAAAUGCACUUGAGCCUUUUCUUCCGUAGCAAUGGAUUGUGGGUAAUACCCAUUAAUAUGUUCUUUUGCUACGCAGAUUAGUAAAAAACAGUUUUUUUACUAAGAUGUGUAAAAAAAGAACAAAGUAAUGGAUUAUGAAUUUAAACACAGAAUGAAUGUACAAAAGAGUAUGGGUAAUACCCUUCGCCCAAGUCUGCAUUGAUGCAGACUUGGGGGCAGUGUGAAUCAAGGUUGCAAAGUGGACAUGAUCAACUUCCGCACUUGAGAAUCGGGACAACCUACAAACUCGCUGCCCUGGACGGGAUCGCACAAUAAAAGGGCACAAGUGUGGAAGUGCAAGUAUUGGGAUUGGGCCUUAGUCUGUGGGCGACUCCAUAUUAGACACCCAUGUUUCCUUCUACGGGAGCCUGUGAGGACAAAAUGCAUUUACUGAUUUUGUAACAAGCAGUGACAAAACUUUCACUAUUCUUAAAAGUUGUUUAACACAUUCACCUCUUCACUCGUUGCCAGUGAUGAAGGGGAGUCCGAUCUGCUUCUCAUUUUGCUGAAGGUUGCGCUCCCAGGGAGUUUUGACCCUAAUGACUGUUGGUAAUGUCUUACACAAACACAAAAUACCACUUGCUUGCAACGAUUUAGGUAUGUACUGUCCCCUAUCACCAUGGCAAAUACACAUUGUCACUUUAAAGUCAAAACUGUCAAAAAUAGAAGUAAAAUUUUUAAUCAAAUAAUUCUUCAAACUUUAAUUCCUGAAAUAUUUUUUUUCUUUUGCUAAACAUUUCUGUUUCUGAAUGACAAUAUACGGUAUUUAGGUUUUGCCACUUAUUUCUUAGACUUUGAACAGUCUUUGUAAUUGAAAUCAAAGCUGACGCAUUUAGUUGGUUUGAUGGAGUAAAAUAACCCGUUUUGUACUGCUGUUGCUAGAACUGCUGUCCUGCAACCAGAAACUUUAAAACUGGAUCUAUUUGAUCAUCCAAAAUACAUUUUCUCUUUUCAGUCGUCUUUUUAUUGCACCAACUCUCAGAAUUAAGCAGAAAAUCUUGUCUUGCUGAUUCUUUUCCCGAAAACAAAGUCUGCAACCGUGCAGUUUUCAGCUUCAGCUCAUUGGGGUCAUGCAUUGUUUCCUUCAGGAGGAAUAUUCUGUAAUAACAGUGUGGUCAACACCUAUGGUAUCCUGUGGAGUGCAUAUACCUGCUGCAGCCAGCAUCAUCCUCUCAUCUGUAGAUAUGUAUUGGAAAUGUAAUUUAUAUGAUGUAACAUUUCACAUUCUAAUAUGCUAAUCAGUACAACUGUUGUGUCACAGUUUUAAAUCCAGAUUUUGUGCUCUGAUUCCGUAUUUGUUUGGUAGUUUUUAAAGAAAUCUGCACUGGAAAAUUGUGGUGGCUGUUUUUGUUGAGAGUAGCAAGUAAUUUAGCUGUUUAUGUUAGCUUUUAGUUUACAGUUUCACCCUCGCGUUUUCUAUUUUUCCUUUUACAACUGUGUGUGUGUGUGUGUGUGUGUGUGUGUGUGUGUGUGUGUGUGUGUGUGUGUGUGUGUGUGUGUGUGUGUGUGAGUGUGUGUGUGUGUGUGUGUGUGUGUGUGUGUGUGUGUGUGUGUGUGUGUGUGUGUGUGUGUGUGUGUGUGUGUGUGUGUGUGUGUGUGUGUGUGUGUGUGUGUGUGUGUGUGCUUCUUUAUCAAUCUCUACCUUGAGUGUGUGUGUAAGUAAAAGUGAGCUUUUAGUUUUAGUGGCUCCUGCUGUAUUUCUUUUUUUAUUAUUAUUAUUGGGUCAGUAUUUAGUUGUGGCAUUUUUUUAAACCUGUACAUUUAAUUUGUGAAUGUAUGUUUUCCACCACACUCUUCUCCAAACCAUUGUUCUGUAAAUACUCAAGUGUAAUACCAUCCAGCUUACACAUGGGGGCACAAGACACCCAUGUGGAAUUGCACCAUGCUGUCUAUUAAUGACUAAGUCACCAUCAGUGGUCUUAUUAUCAAUAAAGAUACAUAAUAACA